AGAAUUGUUUCAUUAAAUCAAACCAAAGCCCAAAUCCUUCCUUGCUCAAACAGAAAUACCACGCAACAGCUGCGGCAGCUCAAGCAACAUGGCCACGGAAUGCGAGAAUCUUGAGCAGAUCAACAACAGUGCGAGCGGCAGCAGAUGUGAUAGAGAUAAGGUCAGCAUCCCCAGCAUCCCCAGCAGCACCAGCGGUGGCAUCAACGAACAACAGAGCAGCACACAUGUGUCCAAGUUACGCCCUCUGGCCAGACUGGACCGUUUACUGCGCCGUUGGCUCCCAGGCUACAACUAUCUGCGUGGAUGUGCUGGCAAUGGCAAUGCCAAUGCCAAUACCAAUAGCAAUGGCAAUGUGGGCAGACAGUUGUCUGAGAUGGGAGCGGGCAGGAUGCCACUGAAGGCGAUGGAAGAGCAGCGUGUGGAGCGGCAGAGAACGCUAAGCAUUGAUGUACCGUUAACAGCCAGGCGACAUCGGGAUGGGGAAGUGUUGUUGAAUGCGGGCAUUGCCAAGUCUGAGUUCUGCUCGAAGCUGGACAGGCUGCUACAAGCCAAGCUAUCUGAUAAGGACAGAUGAUUAGCUUUAGCUGCUAAUAAAUAAAAUUAGGUCGACUGAGAGCAGGAUAUAUAAAAACACAUACAGAAACAAAGCACAUUUUCCUGAUUAACGCAUACCACAAAUUUCAGUUAAUAAAUUUGAAGAACUUUCAGUUGAACGAA